UGUCUAUGGAGAAAGGGAGAGAGAAAGUUAAUUGUUGACAAUUUUAACUUUUUUUCAAUUGUUUUCACUUUUGUGUUCGGGAUUCUGUAACAAUUAAAUCAAAUUGGAGCUGUUCAUUAUUAUGAAUUUAAUUGUUUUCUCACUUUUCAUUAUUCUCUAUAUUCAUCUUCAAUCAUCUAAUUGUAACGAUAAUCAUGAUAAUAGUAAUCGGGAACAUGUUCAUCUUCAUCAUUCAAAUGUAACUCUCGAUUCCUCAUCUUCAUUCAAAUCUUCAAUUCCUUUAUCAUCUUCAUUAUCGACUGGAAAGUUAUCAUCAUCAUCGUCAUCAGAUUCCUUGACCAAUAUAACUUAUUUUCAAAGUCCAUUAGAUGAUCGGGAUAAUUAUCACCUUUUCUGGUCAAUUGAUUACGAGGCGAAAAUCGUUGAUUUUGAAGUGAGAAUUAAAUUAAGACGAAAGUUAAAUUGGUUUGCAAUUGGAUUGUCCGAUCAUGGGGAACCAAUUAAAUCUGAUCUGUGUAUCUUUUGGACUGAUCCUUCAGGUAAACACCAUUUCCAGGACACUUGGACCGAUGAUAAAGGUUACGUUAAUUUGGAUAAUCAAAAUGAUUGCCAGUUAAUUAAUCUUCAAUCAAAUGGUAAAACGAUUCGUUUCUUGUUCCGUCGGGACUUUGAUACUUGCGAUGAUAAUGAUCGACCAAUUGAAGAUGGUACUAAUAAUAUCGUUUACGCUGAAGGAUUAGGACCAAUUAAUCAUGUCUAUGGAUUAAAUAUCUAUAAGGUUAAACAUGGAUUCCAGAGAGUUCAACUGUUGAAAACAUUGGGGUCAGUUCCAAGUUUACCCUCGGAUACCAAGAUUCUUGAUGUGGUCACUAUCAAUACCCAAAUACCAUCAGAGGAAACAACCUAUUGGUGUAAAUUGGUCAAAUUUCCGGAUGAAAUUAAACGUAAACACCAUAUAAUUAAGUAUGAGGCCAACGUACAAUCGGGUAAUGAGGCUUUAGUUCAUCACAUGGAAAUAUUUCAUUGUCAAGUUGACCCUCAAUUAGAAUUGCCCUCAUGGAAUGGACAUUGUCAUGAUCCGGAUAAACCACCGAUUCUGGAAGCAUGUAAACAAGUGCUCUCGGCUUGGGCUAUCGGAGCGGGGCCAUUUUCUUAUCCACAAGAGGCUGGAUUACCUUUCGGUGGAGACAAUUUCUCACUUUAUGCCAUGUUGGAAGUUCAUUAUAAUAAUCCGUCGAAAUUGUCAACAAUUAAAGAUAAUUCUGGUAUUCGUCUCUAUUAUACACCAACCUUGAGAACUCAUGAUGUUGGUGUUCUUGAGGUUGGAUUAACUUAUACGGAUAGAAAUUCAAUUCCUCCCGGUUUAGAGGGUUUCACCUUAUCGGGAUUCUGUGUAGCUGAAUGUACCAGAAUCGGUUUACCUUCAACCGGUAUAACAAUUUUCGCAUCUCAGUUGCAUACCCACCUAACUGGUCGUAAAGUUUGGACCUCACAUUUUAGAGGUGGCAUUGAAUUAGCUGAAUUAAAUAGAGAUAAUCAUUAUUCUGCCCAUUUUCAAGAGAUUCGUGCACUUAAACAUCGUAUCCAAUUGUUACCCGGUGAUGUGCUCAUUAACAAUUGUCUUUAUGAUACAUCGAAACGGGAGAAAAUAACACUCGGUGGUUAUGGUAUUUCAGAUGAGAUGUGUGUCAAUUAUAUGCACUAUUAUCCUCGAUCGUCGUUGGAAGUUUGUAAAUCGUCGGUUGAUCUUUCCGUGUUGAAUAGUUACUUUGAUUACUUGAAAAUAAACGAAGGUCAAAAUACUUCCUCAGGUCAAUCAGUUGCCGACAAUUAUCAUUCUAUUCAAUGGACACCCUAUCGUUCUCGAUUUUUAGCCAAAUUAUAUUCGCUUAGUCCACUUUCUAUGGAGUGUCGUCGCUCGGAUGGUCUUUUAUUUCCAGGUGAUUGGGAUGGAACUCCUUUGCCCGAAAUUAGAAUCCGAUUGAAACCAGAAAAUCCAUGUUCCCACCAUGAAGAAUCACUAUUUUCCAAUGAUAAUUAAAAAAGUUUUUUCUUUUUCCUAUUAAUUAGAAAGAGAAAAUAAUAUUAAUCAAUAAUCAUAAAAAAAAGAAAAUAAAUUAUCAACAAUUUAGAUGUUUAAAAAGCAAUAAUUAUUGAUAGAAAAUGAAAACAAUUUAAAUUGUUACUGUUGAAUAAUUUGCACUUGACGGAAACACUGAAUUUGUGAUUAACAAUUUAAAUGUAAUAAUGAUACACCAAUAAAAUGAGUUAAUAGUAAUAAUGAAAAUGUUAUUU